AUGCUUGCCACUUGUCGCACCACCACCCAUUCGCCGGCCAUGACCGCCUCCAUGUUCCGCGAGGGCGAGGGCCUGUUCGACUUCACCCUCCUUGACGAUGUCUCCCACCGUGGCUUCAUGGACAACCUCGAGCUCCGUUUCCAGAAGGGUCUCAUCUAUACCAAUGUUGGCGAGCAAGUCGUGUCGGUUAACCCGUUCAAGCGCGACCUGCCUGUGGCGACUGUGUCGAUGGAUGACUAUCGCAACAAGUUCAUGUACGAGGUGCAGCCGCACGUGUACGCUCUCGCCGAGGACACGUUCCGGUCGAUGAUCAACUCGAAGCGCGACCAAUGCGUGAUCAUCACAGGCGAGUCCGGAGCCGGGAAGACCGAGGCGUCGAAGAUCUUCAUGCGGUACAUUGCGCACGUUUCUGCGGCGUCUGCCGAGGCCGACGCCAUCAAGGAGCGGCUGCUGCAGUCGAACCCGAUUCUGGAGGCGUUUGGCAACGCCAAGACGCUGCGCAACGACAACUCGUCGCGGUUCGGCAAGUACAUGCAGCUUGAUUUCGACUACGCCGGCACCCCGCUCGGCGGGCAGAUCUCACAGUACCUGCUGGAAAAGUCGCGGGUGGUGACCCGGGCUGACGGCGAGCGCUCUUUCCACAUCUUCUACCAGAUCCUCUCGCAGCCGUCGCUCCUCUCGUCGCUCGGCCUGGUGGCAGACCCGAGCCAGUACCAGUACCUCUCGCUCUCGUCGUGCUACACCGUCAACACCAUCAAUGACGGUAAGGACUACAACGAGGUUGUGCAGGCCAUGCAGACGCUUGGCUGGGCCCGCGCAGACUUUGGCUACGUCACUCAGAUCCUCGCCGCCGUCCUUCACCUCGGCAACGUGCAGUACCGCGAGGACGUGGCCAAGUCGCAGCAGACCAACACCGACUGCGUCGAGAUUGUCGACAAGUCUGCAGUCUCGGCCGUCGCCAAGCUGCUGCAGAUCUCGCCAGCAGUGCUCAAUGCGGCGCUCACGACCCGGACCAUCACCACCGGCUUUGGUGCGCGCAAGAAUGAGAUCACCGUCCAGCUCGACCUCGCGCAGGCCGUCUUUACCCGCGACGCGCUGGCCAAGGAGCUCUACCACCGCGUCUUUGGUUGGGUUGUCGAGCGGCUCAACGACAAGCUCAAGGUGACCUCGGGCUACUCGCAGGUCCGCAUCGGCGUCCUCGACAUCUACGGAUUUGAGAUUUUCGAGGUCAACUCGUUUGAGCAGUUCUGCAUCAACUACUGCAACGAGAAGCUCCAGCAGCUGUUCAUCAACAACGUCCUCCGCUCCGAGCAGGAGGAGUACCUCCGUGAGGGCAUCGAGUGGACCGAAAUCGACUACUUUGACAACCAGCCCAUCAUCUCGCUCAUCGAGGGCCAGCGCCGCAUCGGCCUCAUCCCGCUUCUCGACGAGGCUUGCCUCGUCGGCCAGUCGACCCCGCGCGACCUCGUCGACAAGUUCACCAACUCGUUCGGCACGCACGACCACUUUGACACCGCCUCGUCGUCGCGUGACCGCCACCUCGGCCCCUCGGACUUCCGCAUCCACCACUACGCCGGCCAGGUCGUUUACUCGGCCGAACUCUUCCUCGAGAAGAACCGCGACCAGCUCAAUGUCGACCUCAUCCAGGCCUGCCUCGGCUCCAAGCACCGCCUCGUCACAUACCUCUUCCGCGAUGCAGACAAGCUGCUCAACAACAAGAAGCGGCCCGAGACCGCAGGCUUCCAGUUUAAGCGCGCCGUCUGUGAUCUCAUCUCCACCCUCCAGCAGUGCGAGCCGCACUACAUCCGUUGCAUCAAGUCGAACGACCUCAAGCGCGCCCUGUACAUGAACCGCGAGCGCGUUGACCACCAGAUCGUUUACCUCAACCUCGUCGAGACCGUCCGCGUCCGCAAAGCCGGCUUCUGCCAGCGCAUGCACUUUGCAAACUUUCUUCGCCGCUACAAGCUCCUCACCACCUCGACCUGGCCCAACUGGUACGGCUCUGACUACGACGGCACCCUGCAGAUCCUCAACGACCUCGGCAUCGACCCGGCCGAGUACCGCAUGGGCAAGACAAAGGUGUUCAUCAAGGACGCCAAGCUCUUCCUCUAUCUCGAGACCACCCGCGCCCAGGUCAUGCCCGACAUUGCCAUCAUCAUCCAGAAAAACUGGCGCGCCUUUGCCACCCGCCGCUGGUACCUCUCGCACCGCGAGGAGCUCCGUCGCAAGCUCAAGUUCACCCGCGCCGCAGCCACCAUCGUCCGUGCUUACAUCAACUACCGCUGCCGCAACGACGUCUUUGCCGUCUGGCAGGCCUUUGGCUCGGCUGCCUCGGACCCGUACUUUGGCAAGUACACCCGCUGGCCCGAGCCCUGGGGCCGCUUCUCCGAGGCCUUUGCCUACUUUUACCAGAUCUGGCACAAGUGGUGGGCCUACAAAAUGGUCACCUCGCUCAACCCCGAGGAGCAGUACCGCAUGCGCCAGAAAAUCCUCGCCAUGGACCUGUUCUCCGGCAAGAAGCCGUGGUCGCCCGGCCGCUCCUUUGACGCCAACUACCUCGAGUCGGACCCGGACUUUGUCCACGCUGUCCAGCUCCUCUUCCAGACAUACGGCGACACCCGCGUCGCCUACGCCGCCCGCGUCGUCAAGAUCAACCCCAAGCUCAAGCCACAGGUCCGCGUCCUCAUCGUCACCGACCGCUCCAUCUACAAGUACGACCCGGAAAAGUACGUCAUCAAGAAGGAGCCCUCGCCCAUCUCACAGGUCAAGGAAGUCGCCGUCUCACCCGCUGCAGACACCGUCGUCGUCAUCCGCAUGGAGUCGCCGCUCCGCGACUUUGUCGUCGACGUCGGCCUCUCCGGUCAGGAGCACGUCUCCGAGCUCGUCACCGUCCUCUACGAGUCGCUCGACCAGUCCGGCAAGGUCAUGCCCGUCAAGUUUGAGCAGGCCCUCCGCUUCAACAACUCGCGCGUGGCCGAUCCCAAGAACCCGUCCGCCAUCAAGAAGCCCGGCAAGGAUCUCGUCUGCACCAUCGCCCCGCGCAACGCCUCCCACGCCUCCAAGCCGCCCGGCACAGUCUUUGCCAAGGCCAAGGGCGGCGGCCUCCUCGCCUUCUUCCAGCCGUAG